CAUCACUAUUAUUAAAAAGUUAAAAUUUUCGCUUUGUAAUCAGAUGCUGCCGUGACUGUUUUAAUUUUCCUAUUGUAGUUAAAAUAAUAAAUUUAGUGCCCUAAAACACAAUAAGAUGGGUCAAAAUCAAUCAGGUGGUGGAAGUGGGGGAGACAAGAAAGAUGACAAGGAUAAGAAGAAGAAAUAUGAACCCCCAAUUCCUACAAGAGUGGGCAAAAAGAAGCGCAAAGCUAAGGGACCUGAUGCAGCUCUGAAACUGCCCCAAGUCACGCCUCAUACAAAAUGCAGACUGAAGCUAUUGAAAUUGGAACGAAUCAAAGAUUAUCUUUUGAUGGAAGAGGAAUUUAUUCGUAACCAGGAAAGGUUGAAGCCGCAGGAGGAAAAAAUUGAAGAAGAAAGGUCUAAGGUUGAUGACCUCAGAGGAACACCAAUGUCUGUUGGUAACUUGGAGGAGAUCAUUGAUGAUAACCAUGCUAUAGUUUCCACAUCAGUAGGAAGUGAACAUUAUGUCAGCAUUCUGUCCUUUGUGGACAAAGACCAAUUAGAGCCUGGUUGCUCUGUGCUACUGAAUCAUAAGGUUCAUGCUGUAGUGGGUGUAUUGGGUGAUGACACAGAUCCAAUGGUAUCUGUGAUGAAACUAGAAAAAGCACCACAAGAGACAUAUGCUGAUAUUGGUGGAUUGGAUACCCAGAUCCAGGAAAUUAAGGAAUCGGUUGAGCUACCUCUUACACAUCCUGAGUAUUAUGAAGAGAUGGGUAUCAAGCCCCCGAAAGGUGUUAUUCUCUAUGGUCCUCCUGGAACAGGAAAAACACUUUUGGCAAAAGCAGUAGCUAAUCAAACAUCCGCUACUUUUCUACGAGUUGUUGGUUCUGAGCUCAUCCAAAAGUAUUUGGGUGAUGGUCCCAAAUUAGUUCGUGAGUUAUUCAGAGUUGCAGAAGAACAUGCACCAUCAAUUGUUUUCAUUGACGAAAUUGAUGCGGUUGGCACAAAACGUUACGAUUCUAACUCGGGAGGUGAAAGAGAAAUUCAAAGAACUAUGUUGGAAUUAUUGAACCAGCUAGAUGGGUUUGAUUCCCGUGGGGAUGUUAAGGUCAUAAUGGCUACAAACCGAAUAGAAACUCUUGAUCCAGCCUUAAUCAGACCUGGACGUAUUGACCGCAAGAUAGAGUUCCCACUUCCUGAUGAAAAGACUAAGCGAAGAAUCUUCACUAUACAUACAUCAAGGAUGACAUUAGCCGACGAUGUCAAUCUUUCUGAGCUAAUUAUGUCCAAAGAUGAUCUCUCUGGAGCGGAUAUAAAGGCGAUAUGCACGGAAGCUGGUUUAAUGGCGCUUCGUGAGCGUCGUAUGAAAGUCACCAAUGAAGACUUCAAGAAAUCUAAGGAGAGUGUAUUGUACCGUAAGAAAGAAGGCACGCCGGAGGGACUCUACCUUUAAUUUCAUAAUUUAGAAUAUACUUUUGCUCCUUAAAGCAUCAUUUCAGCUUUGUAUAAGGAUGUUAAAAUAUUAUAAAAAUAAUAAAUGGAGAAAAAUUUAUAAUCCAA